AUGGCAGAGAAGCCAACUCCCGAGGAUUCAAUCACGUCCAAGGACCAGGUCCGGGAAUCGGUCUCUGAGAAGCUGGGAACCCAAAUAUUGCAGCAUAGGAAGGGCGAUGCGUUUGUCGGCGGUGGUGCUACAGAGCUGUAUGAGCCGAUUCCUGAAUAUGAAGGGAGACAUCGGUAUGAUCCCAGUGCUGAAUGGACGGAGAAGGAAGAGAAGCGGCUGGUCAGGAAGCUCGAUUACCGCAUCUGUUCCUGGGUCUGUUUGAUGUUCUUCGCUCUGCAGCUUGAUCGGGGCAACAUCUCGCAGGCAUUGAGCGACGGCAUGUUAGACGACCUCGGACUUACAACAAACCAGUAUAACUAUGGCAUGAUGAUCUUCUAUCUCUGCUUCCUCUGCGCUGAAGUUCCCUCGCAGAUGAUUUCCAAGAAACUCGGGCCCGACGUCUGGAUUCCCAUCCAGAUGAUGACAUGGAGUGUGAUUGGGAUAUUCCAGUGCCUGAUAUCCGGCGAGAAAAGCUUCUAUGCGACCCGCGCUUUGUUGGGCCUGGUAGAAGGUGGCUUUAUCCCGGACGCACUGCUCUACUUGUCCUAUUUCUAUACGAACAGGGAGCUCCCGAUGCGCGUUGGCCUUUUCUACUGCUCAUCGCAUUUUACGUUCAUUCUUGCGGCGUUCUUCGCUUAUGGUAUACUUCAUAUGCGCACGAUUGGCGGCUGGGAGGGUUGGAGGUGGUUGUUUGCCUUGGAGGGGGCCCUGACAGCCAUAAUCGGUCUGGUAUCGUGGUUCUAUCUUCCCCCAAGUCCGACUCAAACUGCCAGUUGGUUCCGGGGUAGAGAUGGGUGGUUCUCAGAGAGAGAAGAAGUCAUCAUGGUCAAUCGAGUCCUUAGAGAUGAUCCAGGCAAGGGAGGAAUGCACAACCGUCAAGGACUGACUCUGAAGCUGCUCUGGGCUUCGCUCACCGACUACGACCUAUGGCCCUUGUACGCAAUCAGCUUCACCCUACUGAUUCCAACAAGCCCUGUCUCGGCGUAUUUGACGCUCAAUCUGAAAGCCCUUGGGUUUGACACCUUCGAAACCAAUCUCCUGACAAUCCCGGCAUACGUGCUGUUCCUGAUCCAGCUUGUGUUCUGGUCCUGGGUCUCAGAGAGAAUCGACAACAGAAUGGCGGUUGUUAUGUUCUAUUCAUUCUGGUGUUUGCCUCUGCUGCUGGCGCUGGAAUUGUUGCCGUCUACUGCAAGUCCCUGGAGCUGGUACGCUGUCACUGUGCUCUUGAUUGGUUUCCCAUAUAUCCAUUCCAUCAACGUCAGUCUCACAUCGCGCAACGCCGGUACAGUGCGGACGCGAACAGUCGGCAGUGCACUGUAUAACAUGAUCUGCCAGGCGAGCUCCAUUAUUUCCUCGAAUAUCUAUCGCGAGGACGACAAACCCCACUAUAGACGAGGAAACAAGGUCCUUCUUGCGCUUGUGGCCUGGAACAUUGUCAUGACGGUCUUCAUCAAGGUCUACUACGUUUGGCGGAACAAUUCUCGAGACCGGGUCUGGGAUGCGAUGAGUUCUCAGGAAAAGGAUCACUAUCUGAGGACGACGAAGGAUGAGGGGAAUAAAAGGUUGGACUUUCGCUUUGCUCAUUGA